AUGGAAGGAAAACAACAAGCAUGCAAAUUAGAAAUCACCAUUAUUUCCGGACAAAACAUAAGUGUGGAUGGAGAUUCUAAGACAGAGGAACUAUUUGUUGUCGUUCGUGCCGAGUCUCUCAACUCUUGCACGACAAAAAUGGUGAAAGAAAACAAAGGUUUUCUUUCUUGGAAUGAAAAAAUCAUGUUAGAUAUUCCACCACAAGCAAAGUCAGUAACGUUUGAAGUGCAAUGUAUGAAGUACAAAGGAAUUCGUCCGAUUGGGGUGGCUAGGAUAGCACUUUCUGAUCUUCUUGAUGACAAUGUUUUGUUGCAGAGUUGUGAUCAAACUUUGAGUUAUGGGCUGAGAGAUUGGGAUGGUAGAAAAAAUGGUGUUAUUAAUUUUUCUGUAAGAAGGGUGACACAAGAGGAUAAUUUGUGUUUGGAAAAAGAACAAGGUAAGAACAUAAUAAUGGUGAGUUCAAGUAAAUUUGAGGAUGUGGGAUUUAAGGUGCAGUUAAGAAAAAUUCAAGCCAUGUUGUCCUUGAGAUUUCAUUUUUUUGUGUCUUGUUUCUCUUAG